UGGUCUAGUCUUGGGCCGGCCCAAGGGGAAGCGGGGUCCUUCUCUGGGGCGGUCGCGCGGGCAGCGGCCGUGGGAAGCCGGACUCCAGGCAUGAUGUACUACAAAUUUAGUGGCUUCACGCAGAAGUUGGUUGGAACAUGGGCUUCGGAUGCGUAUACCCCGCAGGGAUUAAAGCCUAUGGCUUCCACAGAAGCCCCACCCAUCAUAUUUGCCACACCGACCAAAUUGACCUCUAAUGUGACGGCAUAUGAUUAUGCUGGGAAGAACAGAGUUCCAGAGCUGCAGAAAUUUUUCCAGAAACCUGACGGUGUGCCCAUCCACCUGAAACGAGGCCUGCCUGACCAGAUGCUUUAUCGGACUACCAUGGCGCUGACUGUGGGAGGGACCAUCUACUGCCUGAUCGCCCUCUACAUGGCUUCCCAGCCCAAAAACAAAUGAAUUUGCCUGUGGAGGACUGGUUUGCUAUAUGGCAUAAACCCUUUGAAUUUUGUGCAGUUUUUUUUUUUUUUCUCACUUGAAUGGUCUACUUAACAUUUUCACAAAACAAAGGAACAGAUAAGAAGACAGCACUUUGGUUUGUUUAUGAAAUGCAUAUGGCAUGUCAGAUGUCAGAGUUCAUUUGACAGUUAAAACUAUUGUUUAAGGGAAUGACACAGAGCUCUGUGUUUGGGCUCCUGAUUUCCCUGGAGGUUCUGGAUGAAGGUUGCUCACAGGCUCAUUGUCAGUCUGUGCUCAGGUCCUUGGGGACUUGGGCCUGUGUUUAUAAGCGUGGAGCACAGAACCCUUUCUGGGUUUGCAUGUGCCUGAUGAAGGAAGACAAAAGCCAAGACCGGGCCUGUGGAAUAAAGGUUUGAGCUAGCCACCUUGGGAUUUUUCCAGUAAAAUGUUAGUAGAAAUUAUUUGCAGUCUGCCUCUAUUCUUUGGGCAGUUUGUUUCAAAGGGUUAUUUGCCUCAUCCCAGAUCUUUAGUGAAGUGUUAUGUAUGAUUGUUGUGUAUUUAUUCCACCAUGGGAACAGAGAACACCUGUUCAGUGUUGCACUUUAGACUGGCAUCUGCUUUGUUAAUGCAACUGUACCAGAAAUUCUCCUUUAUCUUUUAAAAAUGUUACAACUUUAAAUUAUGAUUGAUUUGACUGUGGAGUAAAUACAUGAAUAAAACAUUUCAAGUUUGAA